GAACAGCUGUCUUCAGCAGCUGCUCGUCGUCGUCGUCGUCGCCAUCGUCGCCGCCAGGCAUAGAUACGCGAUUCGCACUGAUUGCUCGCUCAACUGAACGCGAAACAUGCAGCUAUUACGUAAGCUCCUCAAGCGCAGUUUCUUCCCGCUGCAUCUCUUAAUUGUCGGUGUCACAUGCGCGUGCGGCAUCAAGGUGUCCGACGUGACGAACAAGACGUUGCGCGAGACCACCCCGAGAAGUCAAUACACCGUGCAUGAGGCGACAACAACUACGCCGUUGUUGAAGUUGGCCACUAGUGGCGAGCAGAAGUUGAUGUCGCCGAUCGUCGCGAAGGACUUGGCGCGAAACGCGUCCGGCGUCUUCCGGCCGAGCGUGCACUUGGGCGAAAUCGAACAACCGUCUACUGUUAUUCGGAUGAAUCCUUUCAACAGCGUGCAGCACGUGAAGUUCGAGAACAACGUUCAGCUGGACACGCGGCGCAAACACUUUCAGGAUGUUCUUCAGGACGCGUACCAAGUCUCCAGUAUAUUGGACGAGGCGACGCGACCGAGCAAAAUUAAGUUCCAGGACGAUGAUGAUCAGCAAGUCAUGACGGAGUACGCCGGAUCGUCGUUCAACGAUGCCAACAUCAAGCACAUGUUUGUCGAGCAGACCUUCCAAAACGUGGAGAAACCUACUGAAGAGCAAGACUCGUCGACAAUUCUCGGGAAAACAAUGGCUGAUCAUCAAUUGGUGACUGGUAGUUACCUCGAAACCUCGCAAUCGCCGUACGUUAUUGCUUAUUACAACAGCGGUGAUCAGAAUACAUAUCAGCCGACGUCGCAAGAGACCACAUAUGAGAUAAUGAAGCAGCCAGAGAACGGCGUGUUGCUUCUGCAGCAAGAGGAGUCCACUUACACGAGGAAGCGCAAGUUCCCUUACCAGUUUUAUCAACCGAGCAGCGAGUAUCACGAAGUGAAAUAUGCAGAGGUGCCGCAGCAUUCGACAGUGGCUUAUCCGCAAAUGAGAAAAGUGUCGCCUUGGAAAAAACUUGUUCAUCUGAUCGGCACUUUCCUGCCGUGGGGUUUGCUGUUGGCAACGCUGACACCCAACGUCAUACGAAUCAAUAACACGACGGCGCAGCCGAACAUUGUCCUUUCGAAACUGCGGGUCGCUGACCUGCCAGUCGAGCACAAACAUGAAGCUCGUCUGCUUGAUGACCAAUCGGUCGCUUGUGAGGAUCGAUCGAUUUGUGAAUUGAUCUCGGCUGGCAGCAAGCCGGAGUCUAAUAUCUUACAGAAUAUCUUAUGGAAUUUAGUCACUAGAAUCUCGGAUGACGUUGCAACGCGGAAUGGUCUUCGUGAAGUGUUCGACGCUGUGAGGAAGAAAGACUGCACGGCGAUCACUUGUUAAUGAUCGUCCAAGAAGCCUGGAUGAAUCAACUCAUCACUCGCGACCUUCUUCGUUUCGACUAGCAUAUCAUGACGUCUCGUUUCAAGAAACGAAAAGGGUGAGAAUAAAGAAAAGAGGAAUUCUUGCCUUCUCUUGCUCCAAAGAGAAAGAGGAAAAGAGACGUCUUUAAUUAUAUGCAUAAAAUGCGCAUUACGUAAUUUAAUAAUAAUUAUACAUAAUAAAAAAAAUUAAAAAUAAUUAUAUAUGUAAUCUAAACAUUCCUUCUUCUUAUCUACGAAUUUCAAUAAUGAAAAUAGUGCAAUUUGCGCCAAAUCGUCUCUCCGCCUCGUUUUAAUCCGUACAAACGCGGCGCUCGAGCCGCGAAAGUUCCCGUGAAAAGAGAAGAAAGGAAAAAAUAUCGCGCUGGGGGAACGUGAAACUGGAUUUUAAGAAUGAAAUCCGCCACGUCGCGCACUGCAGGUACGUUAUUCGGAAAUUUGUCUCGUCCGUGCAUCCGUGCCAACCUCGUCCUCGUCGCAAGUGAAAGUAGUCACAGAGAGUAUAAGUAGGUCGGCGUUUAUUCUAUGGCGAUGUAGCGAGCCGAGAAUUUAUGGAUGCACGCGGGCUUUCGGAUAGCGGCCGACCAAUUAUCGCACGCGCCGUACGCUACCAUUGACAAUAAUUACAAACGGCCAUACCGCAAUAAGGUAUACCGCAAUUUUUAAUUAACAAUGUGCCGGCGGAGUUAAGACGGAUAAUUUGAUCGCUAAAUAUAAUAACGUGCGCCUGCCGUUCGUUCUCUCUCUUUCUCUCUUCUUCUUUCUCUUUUUCUGUGUUCCUUUUCUUCUCUUUUUCUCGCGCUCUCAUAGCGAUUAAUAUUCGUAUUUCAUGAACGUUGCGCAAAUUAUGUUGCGCAUUUGCGUGAGUUAACGGAGCAGUAAAAGCAGAGAUUAGGCUCUCUUAUUUUUCUGUUAAAUUUAAGCGAGUCGCAAUUUAACGGAAUUUCUAUACGAGAUCCAGUUAUGAAGGUACAUGCUAAUUAAAUCGUAGAUGAGAAAGUCGCAAUAAAUGACGAUUUCCCUUGGCAUUUUCACUAGAGGAAAAAAAUGCAAGCGAACACAAUCCGCAGCAUUAUAAAAAUACACCCGUUAAAAAUGGGACGCCCGCCGUGAGAUGAUUAUUUCGCGGCAACGGCGCUCUCGCAUGUGCAUAAUCAUCGUUCGCCGUACUGAUUGUUCGCCGCGCGUCGUACGAAAUGUGUCAUUUAACCGUACUUAUUUAACGAUACCUCGUACUACUUUGUGGGUGACGCGCGGUAUUUAUGGCAGUGCUAAAAACGUCAAUGCGAAAUAAAUUAUGAAUUAUCAUUUUAUGUUAAUCGUAUCGUUAGCGGCGAAAGUGCGCGCGGCGCGUCAAGAUACACGCGUGUGCCAAUAAAAGGAUAAUUGACAAUUAACAAGGACAAGUGUAGUAAAGAUGAGCGUCGGAUAGGAGUCGGAUUUCGGGUCGUGACGUGCCGGACUUCUCCAUUUUCACUUCAGGAAUGCAAGAACGCCUCGCGUUGUUAAUCGGUCCGGCCGACACAAUCCGAUCGAUUAAUGAUAUCCUCUAAAUUAGAUUCGUGCUGUAGAUUUAAUGAUUAGAGGCGCAUUGUUCACGCAUUGUUUACGUAUUGUUUACAUAUAACGGAUUGUUAUAUAUUGUCUGCAUGAUGUAUGAGCAUUCUUGUUUCGAUAAUGUAUAGAUCACGUGGAAUAUUGUAAAUUAUAUUAAAAUAUGCAUACAAAAGA